CACUUCCGGCAGCAACGGCGGGAAUCGGGCCGCUGGCUGGCGUCUAGGCUUCGGUGGAAGGGAAUCUGGCGGGGAUCUGAGCCAUCAGAACCACCAACAUGACAGUGGGCAAGAGCAGCAAGAUGCUGCAGCACAUCGACUACAGGAUGAGGUGCAUCCUACAGGACGGCCGCAUCUUCAUCGCCACCUUUAAGGUUUUUGACAAGCACGUGAAUUUGAUCCUCUGUGACUGUGACGAGUUCAGGAAGAUCAAGCCGAAGAACUCCAAACAGGCAAAAAGGGAAGAGAAGCGAGUCCUCGGCUUGGUGCUGCUGCGAGGGGAGAACCUGGUCUCCAUGACAGUAGAGGGUCCUCCUCCCAAAGAUACUGGCAUUGCCAGAGUACCACUUGCUGGAGCUGCUGGGGGCCCAGGGAUUGGCAGGGACGCUGGCAGAGGAAUCCCAGCUGGUGUUCCCAUGCCUCAGGCUCCCGCAGGUCUUGCUGGCCCAGUACGUGGGGUUGGUGGGCCAACCCAACAGGUGAUGACCCCUCAAGGAAGAGGCACUGUUGCAGCUGCUGCAGCAGCUGCCACAGCUAGUAUUGCAGGGGCCCCCACCCAGUACCCACCUGGCUGUGCAGGUCCUCCCCCACCCAUGGGCCGAGGUGCACCUCCUCCAGGCAUGAUGGGCCCACCUCCUGGUAUAAGGUCUCCUAUGGGUCCCCCAAUGGGAAUUCCCUCUGGACGAGGAACUCCAAUGGGCAUGUCCCCUCCAGGGAUGCGGCCCCCUCCCCCUGGGAUGCGAGGCCUCCUUUGACCCUUGCCACAGAGUUAUGGAAGUAUAUCCACAGAGGCGUGGACCCCAUCCCCCAGGGCCACGUUACCACAGA